UCUUGUUCCUUGUCUUGGGCUCAUCAGCGCAUCGAUCGCAGGCAGCAGGGGGGCGGAAGAAGCGAUGGGGAACUGCGGGGCAAAGCCGAAGACAAGCGACGGAGACGACGCACCUCCUCCGCCCGUCGAGCCGCAGACGGCGGCGGGGGCGGCCGCGGAGGGGGAGCGCAAAGACGAGGAGGCCCCGGCGCCGGAAGGGACGAGCCUGCAGGCCGUUGUGCCUCCACAAAGUGAGGAAGCUACGACCACGACAGUCGUCGAAAAAGAGCAUGCUGAACCAAAGGAAAAGGCGGAGGAGGUCGCCAAGGAAGACGCUGAUCACGGCAAGGAGAAGGAAACGCCGACGGCGGAGGAGGCCACCGCCGCUGAGCUUCCGGCGUCUACUCCGGUGAGCGUCGCCUGACGCACACGGCGCACACACCCCGAUCGUUACGCCAAAACGAUGACGGCGUUCUUACGAGUUCCAUUUUUUUUUGCUUCCUGAAACGUUUUGAGGCAUGGACUGUAUCUGUAUCCCCAUGCAUGGCAGGACUCUGCUGCUGUGUUAUCUUCAUUCCUUUUCCCUCUCUCGCCAUUUCCAGCUUCGUCCCGUUGUAGUAUGAUUCUAGGCUGUCGCUGGCUAAGUGUGUGGUUAUGAGAGAUCUGAAUCUGAACUAGUACUCCACAAGUCUAUUCGUUUGUUUGUUUGCUGAAUAUUAUGAUAUGGAUAUCUCGU